CCACAUUACACUCUAGUGGUGAGUGGUAAUGUUUGCUGAGCAGAACCAAUGGUAUGUGUUACAUUGUAUAAUGCGCAGCUAUUUGUUUCAAUUGCCUAUAUUGGAAUUGCUGGCUCAAUUCUCUUGGUGAAGAUAUACAAACCUUUAAAUGAUUUGUUGUUGUACGGGAAAACACUCACUUCUACUGGCACCACUAGCACUCGUAAUCAAUCACGAUUACAGGAGCUAGUCAGCGCGGCUAGCUCUAGAUUGAGAGUUCCUAAAUCAUACUUUACCCAUUUUUACGUUUUAUUAAGUAUAUUCUCUACCAUUACUUGGGCCGUUAGUUAUCCAGCAGGUGCUGCUGCCAAUCCAUCCCCUACAAAAUACAAGAACAUGAUAUUUAUCAACGUGUUACUUUGGGUUCAAGGUAACAGGCGACUUUAUGAAUGUUUGCAUAUUUCAAAAUUUUCAAAAACGUCAUAUAUCAACGUUAGCCAUUACAUUGCUGGUAUGGCACACUACACCUUAGUAUCUUUAGCUUGUUAUUUGGGAAUGAGAACAUAUUCAUCGGGAGAAUCAGUACUGCUUGUUCCAACUUUUUUCGACUGGCUUAUCAUGUUUGCGUAUGUGGUGCUCGCAACAAGACAAUACUAUGCCCAUCGUCACUUGGCAUCGUUGGUUAAAUAUAGUCUUCCAAAUUUCAAGUAUGUUGCAUCACCACAUUAUUUACAAGAGAUUGGAAUAUAUGCUACACUUUUCAUAUUCAGUGUUAAGGAUGGUUGGGAUAUUGUUUCUUGUAAUUUCCUAUUUGCAUUAGUGUUCGUCACGGUUAAUCUUUCAAUAAGUUCAAUUGAAACUUAUCGGUACUAUCAAGAAAAAUUCAAAGAUGAGUUUAAAUUAAAAUGGUGUAUUUUCCCUGGUGUUUUAUAGGGUUAUAGAUUUAAAGUUAAAGGGUUGUACAAUACAUGUGGCUUAAUUGAUACUAACGUAAUU